UGAAUAUCGAAGGCAAGCAACAAACAAAUCCAAGAGUACAGAUAAAAUUCCUGAAGGUUAUCACGCUAGAUUCGAUCCAUCGUCGAGCGACUCCCUCGGAGUAGAUACGGUACUGGGAGCGUAGCUGGAAGGAUGUCGGCGGCGUGGGACGGGUGGCGGCGUCGCAGGCGCUGUGAUCGCGACGCCCGGGCCAUCGCAGCAGCCCGGCAGCUCUGGCAGCAGGAUGUCGAUGGCUCGCGUGGCGCGCCCUUCGGGGGGUGCCAAAGAGUGUCGUCUCGGUUGCUGGUCUCGGCGCAACGAUUGAUCGCAGCAACGCUUCGCCCCUGAACCCGCGCUUCGAAAACACUUUCGAUCGCAAGGUCGCAUCAACAAGUUCCAUUCCGUUUUUGUUGAUUUCUCUAGGCCGGUCGUUUCUCUCUUCCCUUCGAGUACGAGAUUACGAAUACAUAUAUAUAUAUAUACAUAUAAUUCAAGUUAGAAGGGAAACAAACGGGUUCGAAAGCACGCGCGACGAAAAGCGGACGCGUGGUGAAUCGCGUGUCACGCCGGUUUCCUCGAUUCCCGGCCAUCCAUUUCCCUUUCGAUCGCCGUUCGGUUUGGUGACAGUGGUGUGGGUGGUUUCGUGCGGUUCGAAAUAGUUCUCGCGGCCGGCCAUGGAACCGCGGAGGUUCCGGAUAGCGGAGGCUAGCUGACGGGUCCGGAUUGACGCCGAUCGGAUGUCCGCGCGGGAGGAUAGGAGGAGGCAGUGCAAGCCGGUGGAUGAAAGUGAAAACGAAACGGACCGCGACACGGGGGGAUGAACGAACGUGGAGAACGUCCGAUCGUGUCAGACACAGAGCCCAAAAAUACUGCGUGCAGCAUCGUCUUACCCCACCGUUAUCUUCUCCCAUGGCCCGUAGUAACGCCGUGACGCGCAUGGGGAGCCGUUUGAUGGAGAAAUAUUGGACGCCACGCGCUGUGGCCAUAAAACGUUCCAAGAUACGAGAGGGUCCUGCGAGGCAUGGCGUUCCAAGCCCGAUCCUGAACAGGAAGAAUGUUCAUUGACGUUCAGGCACACGGGAUCCCGGCGGCGAAGUGGCGUCUCACUGGCCCGCGACUCGAUCGCGCACGGAAAUACAAAUGUUCCCUCAAGGCUGCAAACUCGGUGGAUUGUGUGUGCAGGGCCACCCUCUUUAGAAUUCCCCGUCCGUGGAGCAAGAAGCUCGUAAAAGACAAAGGGGGUUGGUGGUAGCGCACCAGGGUGGAGAGAAGGCGCCGAGGCCUAGGGGAGGAACGGAGGAAGGGAGGCAGGAAGAGGCGAGGAAGGAAAGGAAAUAAGAAAGAUGGGAGAGAGCUCGCCGGAUCUCAGCCUCCGGCUCCGGCGGGGCAGCUCCGACUCCAGGGAUUCCUUCUACAUGGAUUUUGCUCAGGGCAUCGACUCGGACAUCGAGGAGGUGGCCCGUCCAGGGGACAACUCGGACCCGAUGAUGGAGAACCAUUUGGGAGAGGAGAACGGGAACGAGCUGCCGCCUAUAGAGGACAUUACCACGAUCCCGGAGGAAGCCUCGGAGGAGUUGCGCGAGGAGGAGGAAGCCGCGGCGAUGGAGGCCGCGUUGCGAACACCCGAGGGCCCAAUAAUUAACACGGAAGCGGAGAAACCACCCCCGCCCCAACUCUCCACGCUCGCCCCCCAAGACUGGCCAGGAUUGCCGGUUGCGCUCCCGUCACCGGCUUCACCGUCUGCGGUAAUCGUUUCACCGGAAACGCUGUCUAGACACAGCAGCAGCUCACCCUCCCGCGCUCACCGGCCACCCCAGUUCGCCUUGGCUCUACCAUGCUCCUCGCAACCGAUCUCGGCCGUCUGCUACCCGGCACCCACCUUCCUCGACGUCUCCGAGGACCGCAAGUGGAAGAAACUCGGAUGCGACGCCCUUGCGUCGACUUUUAGCGCUCUCUACGGGAAGCUGUUGGUCGUAAUGGGAAUCGCUUUUCCCAUGGCCGAAGUAAUAUCCACCUACAUACCGCCGUCGUUCUACGAGGGGUUCUACCUUUACCUCUACUUCGGCAGCAUGAUCUUCCUCGUCUACAUGUACGCCACGUUGCUCCGCGAUGGCAAACCGAAGUCAAAAGAGAAACGAAAGGACGUUUGCGACCUGGACUCGUCGCGUUCGUCGAGCGGCGCCGGCGGCGACAGCGACGCCGCGGACACCACGUGCCCCCACGUGACUACCGUCAGACCGGCCCAACACUACGGCAGUUUUUAUCUGAGGAUGGGCGCUGUCGCGUUCGGGAUCGGCUCCAUGAUCUACUCGGGCCUCGAGUUCGGCCAAUACUUCGAGCUCGAGCAGAACACCAAGUGCCACAACAUCAUGCUCGCCCUCACGCCGGCCACCAGGAUGGCGUUCAUCUUCAUACAGAUGUAUUUUAUAUUUCUCAACAACGAGCAAAUGAAAGUUUAUCGUCAUCGGGUGGUCGCGCGCUUUGGACUGAUGCACAUGAUCGGGACGAAUCUGUCGGUCUGGUUGAGCGUCCUUGUACAGGAAACGAAACACGAGAUUUUGACGUUCUACAAUCCGGAGAACAACUCGUUAAGGAUCUCCCACAGAUUAGGCGCGAAGAGCAAUCUCGCUGUGCACAACCACUACCACCACGGGGAACAACACCUGAGGCUUCCAAGGGGGCUCAAAGGGCCCCAUCACAUGUUCGAGUGUCGAAGAACGAACAUAAUGGGGUCGUUAGUCCAGGACGCCAGCCCGUUCCUCUUUCCUUGCACGAUCGAGUACAGCUUGAUCUGCGCCGCGAUCCUCUACGUCAUGUGGAAGAACAUAUCCAAGGCCGCCUUCUCCCAGCCCAAGACUCCACCCGGAUCCCGCCAUCACGCGCACGCUUACAGGAAAUCGCCCCACCACUACAGCGUGGACUGCGCCCGCGCCCACAAGGGCCUGUUCGUCGGCAUCCUGAUCCUGGUGCUGACGAUCAUCUCCCUGAUCCUGUUCUUCGUGCUGAUAUCGCGGCCGGAACUGGUCAGCUUCGCCGUGACCGAGGUGAACGUGUGCGAGUUGACCCUGUACGGGAUGUCGACGAUGGCGACGCUGAUAGGGAUGUUCCAGAUGAGGAAGCUCCGCUACGACGGGAACAGGAACCUGGAGUUGGACAAUAUUCUGUUGGUCGCUGCCCAGACGGGGAUGUUCAUCUACUCGACGUUCACGAUAAUCGGCGCCCAAUUCACCCUCGCCAAGCACACGGUGCUCGUGCUGGUGACGGCCCUCGCGAGCGUGGUGCAGACAACGUUCCAGACAAUCUUCAUCCUGGACGCGUCCAGGCGGUCCGUGGCAACGGCGAAGCAGAUCCGAAGGAAGCCCGGGCGGGAGAUCGUCACGUUCCUCCUCGUCACGAAUCUGGCCAUGUGGGCGAUCAACACCCUGGAGAAGUCGAGGGCGGAGUCGCAUCCGGUCCAGCUGCACUUCUACGGCCUCUGGGCGUGGACCAUCAUCACCCACGUCUCGAUGCCGUUGGCGAUAUUCUACAGGUUCCACAGCACCGUUUGCUUGUGCGAGGUCUGGAAAAGAGCGUACAAGGUGAAGCCUACAUACAUGUGACGUAAGGGGUCGCGUGAGGUCGUGUGCAAGACGGCGGCUGCUCCUCAACGACCGAAAACCCUGCCGGCCAGGCUGGACGCCAUCGCGGAAAACGAUCCGAUUUACUUUAUGUAAGAGGGAGAGAGAGAGAUGCGAGAUUCUCUUUCGCCUCUCUUCGUCGCUCGAGGUUCUUCAAGCUCUGCGAAACUGCGAAUAUAUAUAUAUAUAUAUAUAUAUCGAAUAUAUCGUUCACCAGGCGUUGUUCUAUAGAUAUUGAUUCGUGCGACGAGCGAUGGACGAGCCUCGAGUUUGAGAAGGAAUGGCGGUUUGUUUAUUAUUAUUCUUUUUUCUCGAGAAGUUGCGUUUAUUUAUAUUAUUUAGAUAAUAAAUGAUUGUACAAGGUUUUAUAGUCGUCCUCGCGUCUAUGGAGAGAAGAAAAGAUCCCAAUGCGCGAUGUAUAUACAUACACACACACACACACACACACACACACACGCGAUACCGCAACGAAGCGUGGAAAAAACUCUUCGAAGAAAUGUUUUAAGAGGAGCGAAUAAGAGGUUAGAGGAAGGUGGCACGAUUAACGACGCACAAUUUUUACCGGGAUUUAGAUAACGUAGACGAGUAGUUCGAAUCGUCGAAGCAACGGUUCUUGUUCCUUCGAUAUCCUCGGGAACAAUGAUAAUUUCUGUUCGAUACGUAAGCGUUAAGACGAUUUUCUAUAUCUGAUCGAAAAUAGCGAGCGAGUGAGUGAGAGAGAGAAAGAGAAAGAGAAAGAGAGAAAGAGAGAGCGAGAGAGAGUGAAAAAGUAUGCGUGUACGUAAAGAAAGAGUGUGAAGAGAAAGACGUGUCUUUUCUUUCUUUCUUUCUUUCCUUCUUUCUUUCGUUGAUCGUAAAAGUUUGUAAGACUGAAAUCUUAAGCAACCUUAAGGACGAUGAAGAUUGAACCUUAAGAAUGACGAUGAUAGAAGAACGAUUCCGUUUCUGAUGCGUAAGAAUCCAGCAGAGAGAGAGAGAGAGAGAGAGAGAGAGAGAAACCCCUGAUCGAUCUGUCCUUCGAUUAGUUUACUCGGAUAUACUCUCACGGACUCAUCCGUCUUCCACGUAGUACAAAGUUGUACAACUUAACGAGUAAAGAAAAAAAUAAUAAUGAUAAUAAUAAUAAUAUUAAUAAUAAUAAUAAUAAUAAUAAUAAUAAUAAUAACGUCUCUCGUUGUCCAAAAGUAAAUAAUUUCAAAAAAGAGAGAAAAGAGAAAUCGAGAGAAACAGAUUAACGUAAAGAUACUUAUUCGUCGCCUCGGAUAAAAUUUUUAUUAUCGUUUUAUUACGUGGACGUUCUCUCGACGUCGUUAAAAAAAUCUCUUAAUGAAUUACUUGGAGAGGGAGGAAAGAGAGCGGAUUGGAAGAAACGGAGAUAAUCCUCGCGAGAAAGUCCAAUAACCGUGUUGCAAACGUGCAACGUCUGCUUCUCGCGAUUUUCAGCGUGGCAACGUCUCGCUCGAUCGAUCGAUCGUUUCGAGGAAAAGGAAGCCUCUACUAAUACUGCGAGUCGAGCGUGCAACCGCCUACUAACGGUUAUCCUAUAUAUCUACCAAAUCCACAUCCGAGUUUACAUAGAAAUUACAAGAAGGUUUUGGCGCUCGCCAGACGUUGCACGUUGGUCACGAAUCUGAAUUCGAAAUAUCGAUCGUAGUCGGCGAUGAGAGAAAGAAGGGAGGGAGGGAGAGAUCGGAUUUUAAAAGAUGGAACCGAGUCGAUGCUUCGUGCGUUGUUUCCAAUCGUUUCUUUUUCUUAAUAAAAAAAGAAAAAAAAGAACCAAAGAUAAAUAAUAGAUUUAGAUUCGUUGGAACAUUUGUAAACGGAAAUGGAGAUAACGCAAUAGCGUCGUUCUGUAGAAAUUCCAAAAAUAUAAUCGAGGAGAUAUGAUAUAAAUACGAAAACAAAACUGAAAACAAAAACAAUGUAGAAAGAUGAACGUUCGACUCGAGCAAGGAACAGAGUACAAUGGCGAUAUCAUAUCAUUAAGCCUUAAUCCGUCGAGUGUGCUGUCCAAACUUCGAAUACGAUUAAAGAGGAAGAACGAGAGAAGAAGAGAGGGGGGAAAAAGGAAUACGAAGGGAGAUGAAAGAGAGAUCGACGCCGAUAAUAUUCUCGAGAGAGUAAUAAGCCGAGCGUGUUCGAUCAAUCGAAUCCGUUCGACAACGGACAGUCGUUUAAGCAUGUGGAAGACAUCGAACGAGGAUCUAAACGAUCCGUGGAGAGCGUGAAAUCGAAUCGAAUCGCGUCUAAUCGAUCGGCAAUACUAUUGUUCUGCGAGUGUACGAGUAUGCGAGUAUGCGUGUACGAUUGUUUUUCUGUUGUGCGUGUUGCGUGCGGCGAAUAUGCGUCCUCUUGGGAACAACUCGGUGAAGAAUGGUCGAGAGAGAAAGAGAGAGAGAAAGAGAGAAAGAGAGAGAGAGAGAGAGGAAAAAGGGAAACGGAAGAGCGUCGAUGGCGUAAAAGGUUCGGUAGCGACAUUUUUUUUUUUAGUUUCUAGUUAAACGCGCGUGUUUCUCGCGAUAGGCGCUUUUUAUUUUUUCCUCGUCGAUAACGAUCGCGUUAUCGCGACCGAUAUUAUCAACGGAAAUCCAAAGUUUUGCAUAGUUGAACCGGUUGAUUCUUUUGUAAAUUCUACUGAUGUGAGGCGGGUUGUACAUAGGCUGGGUUAAGGAGGGAAACCGUAAGAAGGGAAUAAGUGUAAGAAGGGAAAAAAAGGGAAAAAAGAAAAAAAAAAAAAAGAAAAUGGAUCCUCUCGAUGUUUAGAGCUAGUUGUGUCGACAUGUUUCUUCCUAUAUUAUAUAUAAUAUAUACACAUAUAUAUACAAAUAUAAAUAUAUUUAUUAUUGCGUUGUUCUAUUAUAAUAUUUAUUGUAUUAUCAGAUAUAGGAUUUACGCGCGACACGUUACGUUUAUUGAUCGGGGCUCGUGUCGAGAUUCAUCAUUCCACCGCGUUUUUCUCCCUUUUCAAACGCUGUACUUUCUCUUUUCUUACUUCUUCUUCUUCUUCCUCUUCAAGUUGCCAUUUAAUCGAACGAAUUAAAAAAAUAUAGCUUUCGAUCCGUUUUUCGAUUUCCCUGCUCGCAAUUUCCCUCGUUUUGACACCGCGAUUAAACGGCGAUCUCGGCACGAGUUUUAACCGAAAUCGAGGCGAAACACGAAACGGAAAAAAAGAAAAAAGAAAAAAAAGAGAAAAGAAGAAAAAAAGGGAAAAAAAAAGAAGAAAAAAAGAAAGAAAACGGAGAUAAGUCACGAUGUGCGCAAUUCGAGCAAGGGUGAACGGGGUAAACGACGAAUAUACCCUUCUAUGUCACGUCUCUAAACUGUACUUUUUCUAUGUCCGCAUACUCUAGUUCCUACGCAAUGUUUGUACUCUUAUACCCUUUGUACUAUUUGUACCUUACGAAUUGCAAUACACUCGUCCGCAAUAAUAA